AUGGACACGCCCAAUCCGCUUCCUCCGAUCGAGGGCAAGUUCAUCGGGAAUUAUCCCAUUGGUUGGGUUCCUGAUGCCCCUGACAUUGCCGGCACCGUUCCUGGUCAGUCACAAUCGCCGGCGACUCCCCGACCAGAGUCCCCAGAGACCCCAGAGGCCCCAGAGACCCCAGAGACCCUCGAGAUCCAGGACAGCACAGGGAUCACGGAGGCUUGGGAGACUUUAGAGACCCCAGAAACCUCAGAAACCCCCGACGUCUCAGAGGCCGGUGAAGCCUGGGAGACCUCGAAGACUCCAGAGACCUCUGAGAUCUCCGAGUCCCCGGAGACGCGCGACGAGUGGGCUAUAAAAUGUUUGAAAAAGGCGUUCGCAGAGGGGAUACAAAAGGAAAUCGACGAGGAUCAAGAAAACCGUAAAAAGGACCCAAGGUGCAGGCUAAGCGAUUGCGAGGGCAUGAAGGAGCUGUUGGUAUAUCUGAGUGUACUGCUGGAACCGUUGACGGAGCUGGAUGUGUUGAAUGUGGCGGCCACGGGGGGUGAGAAGCCGAUCAAGCUACACAACCGGCUUCUAGAUAUCGCAAAGACGUACCUAAUCUUGAGCAUAUGCCUGAUCAACGAGUUGUGGUCGUCGAUUUCUGCGCCUCCUGACCGGCCCGUUUCGUCAUCAACCGGCACAAUGACAGCCCGGAACAACGGGGUGCUACAAUGGUACCGCAGCCACUGCCCGCUGACCGGCGCGCAGAUUGUGCAGGCGGAGCAGCACCAGCACAUCAUCCCUCUCCGAGCGAAAACGACCAGCGACAACCUCGACGAUCUCUGGUGGUAUCUUGAGGGAUUCUUCCCGUUCCGUGGCGACCCACCCCCCUUCACGGAGGAGAUGGACGAGAAGGGAAACAUCCUACCGCUGGAUCUAACCACGCGAUGGUUAUGGGACCGGAACCGCCUCGGGCUCCGGCCGAUUUUGCACCCGACCGAACCCCAGACCAGAAUGUACCUCCAGGUGGUCUGGUUUCCGCAACGGCAUAUCGAGAUCGGCCUGGACGCGGACGACAACAAUGAAAGCACGAGCGAAAGCACCAGCACAAGCACAGGCACAGGCGCGGGCGACGAAGCCCCCACUGCAACAGCAGCGCCGACGACGAAACUGGUGCCCACAGACUUAUUCGACAAGCGAAGGGUAAUUCAUGACGAAGCCACGGGGGCCGCCAAGGGAGCCGAGCUCAUCUGCCACGGGGAUGUCUACGAGCUGCACACACCCGACUGCAAGGCACGCCCGCUGCCGGAUAUCCGCUUGCUGCAGAUGCGGUUUGCGAUGCAGCAGCUCCUCGCGCCGCAACAGUGUCCCGCGGCACUGCGGAUCAUCUUUGGGGUGGAUCCUCCAGCUUCCGAGGACGGUGAUGAUGGUAAUGGUGAUGGUGAUGGUGACACGAAGCAAGGGCCGGACGAAAAGUGUAUGCCUGCCGAGUGGGACCGCAUGCUUGAUGAUGCUCUUCGUUUUGGGAUUUUGACCUUGGAGCAGGAACAGGCGUGGAGGAGACAUAUCCUCAAGGAGGCUUCUGCUGAGUAA